UCUAUAACUCAAGAAGGCAGCUAGCUAGCUAGAAUAUGAUGAUCAAACAGACAAUAAAAUUCACAGAGAGUAUAUUACAUUAGCAAUAGGCCUCCCGAUCAGCAAUUCUCAUUAAACCGAACUCGAUCGUGCGUAGCUCAUUUUCUUCCAAGACAAUAUAAUGUCUACCCUUCUAGUCAUACUCUUCCUCGGUAUCGCAAUUACCAAUCUUUCGGAGGCUACUAGGCAUGAGACGAAGCUGCUUUCAUCUGCAGUUGUUGUCGGGACUGUCUACUGUGACACAUGCUUCGAACAGGAUUUCACUCGGACCAGCCAUUUCAUUUCAGGUGCAUCUGUUGCUGUAGAAUGCAAAUACGGGACCUCAAAACCAAGUUUCCGGAAGGAAGUGAGAACAGAUAAGCAUGGAGAAUUCGAAGUCCAUUUGCCUUUCUAUGUAAGCAAAUAUGUCAAAAGAAUUGAGGGAUGUCGGGUCAAAUUGAUCAACAGCAGCGAGCCUUACUGUGCUGUGGCCUCAAUAGCAACUUCAUCUGCACUCCAUCUCAAGUCUAGAAAGGAAGGGACUCACAUCUUUUCUGCCGGACUUUUCUCCUUCAAGCCAUUAAAGCAGCCAAUCCUAUGUGACCAAAAACAAAGCAUUCAAAAUCCCAAGCAACUCUUUUACAAGAAAGUAGUAUCAAUUUCUCCAACAAAUUAUUUAGGAUUUCCAUCACCUUCAAGUCAGGAUCCAAUAGUCCCGGAUCUUCUUCCCACAAAUCGUGACUAUCUUCCCCCUCUGCCAAGACUACCCGAGCUUCCACAUUUGCCACAACUCCCUCCUCUUCCAAGACUGCCCGAGCUUCCACCAUUGCCACAACUUCCCCCUCUUCUAGGAAUUCCAUUUCCACCCACACCAGGAAAGACUACAAAUUCAAAAUCUUCUGAAUCCUUUAAGACAAGUCAGUUACAAGAUCAAAAGGUAGCCCAACCGGAACUUUUCUUUCCACGACUUGUCCCAUCAAAUCCAUUUAAGCCAUCUCCAAUUAUCCCGAAGCCAUUCCAGCCAUCACCAGCACCAUCGAUUCCUUUUCCACCAAUACCAGGUUUGAGAACUCCAUCGCCACCUCCACAAUCUCAGCCAUUUCCUUCCCCUCCAUUUUCUCCAGUCCCAACUUCCCCUCCCAUACCUGGCAUUCCGGAUGCUGCUUCUUCGAAGCCAGCUUCUCCUUGACUCAUCAGAAUUUCUCCGUUUACAAACUCAAAUAACAUCUUUCGCAUGUUGGUAACCUGUUUUAUAUAAAUCAUGAAUCAUUCAUGAUACGUUAGAAUAUUAUACGUAGUUGGAUAUUUGCGGAGUAUUUAGUAUGGAUGUAGACCUUUUUUCUUCUUCCAAGCCAUGCCUAGUGUGGCUAUUGUCAGUCAGUUGGGAGGGAUGCUAAAUUAUUGUACUGUUCGAACAAAAGAAAAAAAAAAAUUGUCGUCUUAAAUAUUCA